AUGGAUUGGUCCGUGGAAGAUGAAUGCUAUGGCGUCAAGCUCAACAUCUUCCGACCUCGUGAAACCGACAUUCCCCAAAUUGCCUACCAGGAUGUUGUCGUGCUUCAUAGGGUCAAGGUCCAGAGAUAUGGCGGGAACAUGUCCUUCAUCACCAAUCAUCAGACCACCAUCAGGGUAUACGAGUCCUCAAAGAUCCCCAGGCCUCCAGAAUCCGCCUCUGUGGCUUUGAGACCGUGCACCAAAAAGGACGAACGCCCGGAACUGACCGAGGAAAUCCACCACUAUGUCGCAGCCUUUUACCACAAACUGGACAAGACCAACGCCCCCUCAGAGGAGGUGUUUCGGCAGGCAGCCCGGCAAUCUGCCAACGUCAAGGACAAGUUCAGUCUGCUCCAAGAUGUGCAGGCAGAGAGGUUCUACGACCUGAUCGUCCGAGUUGUGCGAGCACCACAUUUUGACUUUGACAAUAAGGCAACACUCUAUGUGUCAGACUACACCGAGAACCCGGCCUUCCAUGACCACAUUCUCGAGAACCUCGAUGCAUCUCAAGACGGCGAUGUAUAUGGUUAUACCUCGGAGGAGCCCGCGCCAGUAGCGGAGAGAUGGAUCGCCCCGGAGGGGAAAAAGUCUCUUCAGGUCACCUGCUGGGAGCCUCAUUCCCGCGCCCUGCAGGAGGAUGUCAAGCUUGGCUCCUGGAUCGGACUCAAGAAUGUGCAGAUAAGACUUGGUCAUGAUUACAAGUAUUUGGAGGGUUUUGUGCGGGAAGAUCGGACAUAUCCAAACAGAAUCAACGUCUACCCUCUCAACCUGGACGAUCGCGAGAACAUGGACGAUCGCCUCACAGCAGCCUUGCGCCGUCAGCAGGCUGCGGACAAGGAGAAGAAGAAGGUGAUCAAGGACAUCAAGUCUGCUCAGGUUGCAGGUCAGAAGCGGAAAGCUUCAGAGGUGCAGGCCAUCGAGGACCAGCCGGCUCUGAACGCGAAGCAGCGUCGGGCGGAGAACAGAGCGAAGAAGGAGGAAAAAGCUCGCCAAAACGUAGUCUCUGCCGCGCCUGUUGCCCUGAGCACGAAGAGUGACCCGCCAAAGCAAAAUCCGACCCAAGAUGUCACUCUUGCCGGAAAUCGGCAGAUAAUCUGCGAGAAAAGCAAUGCCGGCCUGACAACCAUCGAGAGCAUGCUCGAGCCGAGCUUUAUGAAAAUCAAGAUCGAUGCAGACACUGUCGAGGUUCAAGUCCCAUUCGUGAACAAGAAAUACCUGACCUUUGUCCGCGUUGUCGACUUCUCGCCUUCCUGCAUAGAAGACUUUGCCGUCAGCCGCAAGAUCACCCAGUACCAAGAUCUCUCAGACAGCGAAAACAGUGACGGAUCGUCCCUCGACGAGGACGAAUCUUCCGGUGGCGAUAACGACCCCACCGUGAAGCGUGCUUGGGAGUGGCGGUUCUCACUGUUGCUUGAAGAUGCACUGCCGGCGGAUGGAUCAUCGCCUGCGCGGGUGUGGGUGGCGGUCAACAAUGGUGCAGGUCAGUGUCUCACCAAUUUGGAUGCAGACGACCUCCGGAAGAACAGGAAGUGCCGGUACCAGCUCCAAGAUAUCAUGCACAUAUUGUGGGGUAACUUGGAGGAGGUCAAGGCUGCUAAUGGCGAGAAACAGCAGGCUUCCAAACAGGAGGUCAAUUCCAGGCCAGGCUCUAGGGGUAGCAAUGGGAACCGUACGCAGAUGCACGAUCUGGAUAGUGACGAAGAGAAGGAGGAGGUUAGUGGUCGUGGAAAAGAGAGCAGCUCGAGGUCGAAUGAGAUAAGGCUGGUCAGCAAGCCCUUCACGUGCCCUAUCAAGCAGUACGGCGUCAGGACUGGGAAGAAGGAUGAGUGGAUGCGUGUGUUUGCCAUGGAUGGGGUGCGGAUCAAGGAUGUGUGA